UUUUGUUCUUCAGACAUCCCAUCACCACCUGCGAGUAGUAUCAAUCUCGUCUGCCUGGUCGGGGUUCAAGCUGUCAAGCCGCCCCUUCAGCCCUACCACCACAUUCUCACUUGGACCCUUUGAACAGCGAAUCUCUCACGGCCAAACAGGGGCAGCCGAGCACCCAACUUCCACGCUCUGUGCUAUAGCGCACUAGCAUACGACUGGAGCCACUAAUCGUCCGACAAGAAUCCUAUCAAGCUUGGAGCUUCUAUUUCCAGCUCCAUUUCGCCGUUGGAAACCGUUUACGGAUCACCUACCCAUUGCCUACCACAGCCUACCCUAGCCCACAAGGAGCCUCAACGGCUUUACGUGUAUACUGGUCAACAGCGCCCGCAGAAGGAAGACGCUUGCGGAUAGAUUCCUCCGCUUCAAAUCUCACUGGACUACUCGGCGCACAACCACAUACAUACAAACCUCUAGUAAAGACAUCGAGUGAGUGCCGGGGAAUAGCCAAAACACGACCCCAGAUUUCCGAGCGAUCCGGUCUAUUUUCCGGCCCCUUGAUUCGACCGUCAAGUCUGACAAUAGUGGUGUGAAGCGGGCUAGUCAAGUCCCACGUUGUCCUUCACGUUCACCAGACCGAGACGGGACCGUCCGAUAGGAGAACGGCCACUCCCCCAAGAUACCACAGACCACUCACCGUACGGUGUGAGGUGGAAGGGUGUGAGAGGUGUGCGGAGGGCGUGUGAAAGGCCUCCCGGCUCCAGCUACUACAACCACCUGCUGCCCCUGCGUGCUAUGUAAUAGCUCUCCUGCCCCUGUACCCCGGGCGCCUAUUUUCUUUUUUUUCGAGCCUCGACUCCAGUCCCCGUAAGGCCUAUUUACUACUACGUACCCGCCCGCCGCCAUAUCUCCCCUGCUUGUCAACGGCUUUCCACAUUCUCCCUAAUACAUAAUAUCCGACUCCCUUCGACACCACCAGCGUCACAGCCGAUAAGUGAAGGGCAAAAACCACUUAUCUGACCGACCCCCGACUUCACAGCCGACCAGACGAUCCCGAUUCUUCAACAUAUACUGUGUUGCUCCAAAGUAAUAUACACGGCGACGGCUGUCUCUUGCCACCACCACCACCGCCAACCACCACCACCACAACCAUGGAUCACCUCCACGGCGGUUUCCAGAUGCCCAUGGCACCUCCACCGCUGUUGAACCAGCCGCCUCAGAUCUUCGGGGGCUACACGGAGCAUGGCAUACCCAUCCAGCAACUUCCACAUGACCUAGCUGUCGCACAAAUGUUUGGUGAGCAUGGGCUGCUUGAUGAUACAAGCGAGGCAAAGAGGAGGAGGAUAGCAAGGGCUUGCGAUAUGUGCAGAAAGAAGAAGAUCAAGUGUGAUGGAAAGCUGCCAGCUUGCACGCACUGCAUAAACUACAAGACCGAUUGCGUCUUCACCCAAGUGGAAAAGAAGAGAAGUCCUCCCAAGGGUGCCAAGUACAUUGAAGGUCUCGAGAAUCGGUUAGGCCGCAUGGAACAUUUGUUGAGACUAUCAGGUUUGCUCGGAGACGAUGAUAACGGAGCCACCGACCUCGGAACGCUUGAAAGGAAGCUCGCGGAGAAGACAGCACAGUCGAGACAAACCUCACAGGCUGCCGCUUCCAACCCUACCUCACCCUCUCAGGCAGCAUCGGGACAAGAUGGAAACAAUUCGACGCCGCGCAGCUCGCUGGCCUCGCCUUUGCCUGAAGCGCCCAGAGAUAAAGAGGGGGAGAAGCGGGCCUCGAUAGCUCCCGAGAAAGUCGACAAGGAGGAGACAGAACAGGAGGUUUCAGCCCUGUCUGAAAUGAUGUGCUCCCUCGUCACAAACAACAAUGGCGAAACUCGUUACAUUGGGUCAUCUUCCGGCUUCUCAAUUUUUUCUCCCAAGGGCAUCCAGUGGGUCAAUGAGAAGAUGGGUGACAGCUCAUUCCAGCAGAUGAUCUCUGAUGUUUCGGUUGACGACCACAAAUGGACAAGAUGGAAGCCCGACAUUUUUGGCGAUCUGUUCCGCCGCGUAAUUUUCAAAGAGCUACCUCCCAAGCCGGAAGCCAUGUCGCUUCUCAAAGACUAUUUUGAGAACUUCAACUGCAUGUUUCCGUUGUUCCAUCAGCCAACAUUUAUGCAUCUGGUCGAAAGACAGUAUUCCCCUGACCCGUAUCAGGGAUCCGGAUGGUGGGCAAGCUUGAACGUGGCGCUGGCUAUCGCUUACCGUCUGCGGGUGAUGAGCAAUUUGGUUCCACAGGAAGAAGAUGAUAAGGCUUGGGGUUAUAUGAAGAAUGCCAUGGCAGUCUUCUCGGAGCUGACAAUGCGCAAUACUGACUUACUUAGUGUCCAGGCUCUCCUGGGUAUGUCUCUCUUUAUGCAGGGCACUCCUAACCCACAGCCGUCGUUCCUUCUCAUUGCCACAGCAAUUCGCCUUUCACAUACUAUCGGCCUCCACAAGCGCGGAACCGGCUUCAACCUGAACCCAAUCGAGAUUGAACAGCGGAAACGGGUAUUCUGGAUCGCUUAUAUGUUGGAUAAGGACCUUUGCUUACGAUCUGGACGGCCGCCCGCGCAAGACGAUGAUGACAUGAACGUUGACCUUCCUGACGAAGAUCCCGCCGACGGCAUCGGUAACAUUCCCCUUGCUGAUGGGAAAGGAAAGAUGAAUCUUUUCAGAAAGAUGGUUGAGAUCUCCAUCGUCGAGAGCAAGGUGUAUAAAAGACUAUACGCAACGAAGGCCACGAAGCAGUCGGAUGGUGAAUUGUUGAACACCAUUGGAGAGUUGGAUCAGGAACUUGAAGACUGGAAAGACAGUAUUCCCAUCGACUUCCGACCCGAGCAUGAAAUCAAGGCAUCCCAUACACCACUGAUCCUUCACGUCGUCAUGCUGCAUUUUACCUACUACAACUGUUUGACAACGAUUCAUCGUAUGUCUAUUCACCACGGCUACUGGACUAGUCGCCUGUCAAACUUUGCCAUUCAAGGCCUCAAUGCCAGGCCUUUGAACCCCAGAAUCUUCUCUUCAGCAGCACUGUGUACAUCAGCCGCAAGAGCCUCGAUUUCUCUGCUCAAGUAUAUCCCUCAAGGCGACUUUUCAUGCGUCUGGAUGGUGCUGUAUUUCCCUGUCUCGGCCUUGGUGACGUUAUUUGGAAACAUCCUCCAGAAUCCCUUGGACCCUAGGGCGCGUUCGGACGCAAAACUGAUGAGUGUGGUUGUAACCUUCCUGUCCAUGCUUGGUCAUGAGGCCGAGACCGGCGGUGUGCACCGCAUGCUCGGUAUUUGCGCUGAAUUCGAGCGCAUCGCAAAGGUUGUCAUUGACAAAGCCGAGAAAGAGAACUCGUCACGACGCAAGCGUAAGAUGCAGGAGCAAGCAUCUAGUAGAAAGGCAGCAUCGAGCACUACCGCAUCCGCGGACCACGCCUCUUCAUUCAAUCCGAACGCAACCAUGACGCCGCGGCCUCCGACAGCAGGCAGUGCAGCCACACCACAGCCGAAUUCGGGAUCAGUGAAAGAUCAUCUUUCGCCAGGUGUGCAAAGCACCCGCACCCCACAGAGCGGCCACAGUCCAUUCAGUCAGAGUCCAUCACCGGGGAUGACGCCCAACGGAUGGACUGACGGCCCAACUGGCAUGGAAGGCAUUGACUACGGCAAUUGGGCUGAUCUUACUGGAUUCGGUGCCAUCGCCAACAUGAAUCCUGCCGACUUUGUGAUGGAUGGGCUGGCGGACCCGUCUGCGGGCGACCCAAGAUCGAUUUACCAACAGCCGAUGUUGCCGCAAGAUUUGUUCAGCUUACCAGUAACACUGGACUGGAAUUGGGCAGAGAUGAGCGGUGGUGAAUAUCCUAGUGUCGAAAAUGGCAACUUUGGCAGCGAUGUACCACAUCAGCAGUGAUAGUGAAAGGGUCCUCUCAAGCAAAACAAUGGAAGCCACUAGGGAGACCAGCUUGAGAGUCUUAUGAAGGGUCAUUGACCCCAGACAAAAGCAGGCUGGAAUUCGCGAGGACGGGGAAGACUGAUGAAGGAUGCGACCACAUUUUAUGCAUUGUAUUGCAUUGGGAAGCGGGCUAUCAUGGAGAUGGAAGGGUAUAGGUAUUUUGGUUUGAAGGGACUUUUACGAUCUUUGAUAAGGGGGGCAUGCAUCUCAUCUCUGUUGCUAUUCAACACUUACAUUCUGGAGGGUCACAGCAUGUCACCAAGCUGUUUUGACUCAUAUUUUUCGUGUGUUUGUUUUAAGAAGUAGAAGCAUUUUGUACUUGCAAUAUGGUAUACAUUUCAGCAUAUGCAUGGCUCUCUUUUCUCGACGUCCAGAAACGAUGGAAAUCUAGCAGAGGCUGGAUUUGUAUAGCUGUG